AGCAUGCCAGAAUGGGUAAGCAACAGGCUGAAGCCCGGAGGCCGGAUAGGGGCGGAUCCCACCCUGGUGUCGAGCGCUGCCUGGGAGCGCUGGGCCAAGAAACUCGCCGAGAAUUCCGUCUACCUUCUACCCAUCCGCAAUAACCUCGUCGACUUCAUCUGGGGAUCAAGCCAACCGUCUUACUCCAAGCAUGAUGCCCACGUCUGGCCCAUCGAGUAUGCAGGGAAAACGUGGCAGGAGAAGGUGGCGGCAGUGAGGACGAUGGUGGAGGGCCAUGGGUGUGACGCAAUGGUGGUGACGUCACUAGAUGAGAUCGCGUGGCUCUUGAACAUUCGUGGGCGAGAUAUUCCGUUCAGCCCGGUGCUGCGAGCCUACGUGGUGCUGACCAAGAGUCAAAUAUCCAUGUACGUGCCACCCAACAAGCUGGACCUGUCCGUGCAGCGUCAACUGCGCACCGACAACUGCUACAGUGCUUUCUGUGUCAGAUUACAAAACUACACAUCUAUCUGGGAAGACCUGAGAACUCUGUCCCAAGUCUGGAAGAAGGUUUUGUUGCCAGCAGAGGAUGAGUUCUCUCAGGGCGUCAGUCGAGCAAUAUACACAGCAAUUCCCGUGGACAAGAGACAUGUGGCUCAAUCCCCCAUCAUGACGUUGAAGUCCGAGAAGAAUCCCACAGAGAAGGAAGGGAUGAGGAAAGCCCACAUCAGAGACGCUACAGCAUUCUGUGACUUCAUGGCUUAUCUGGAGGACAAGAUGGCGGACGGAGAGAACUGGGACGAGUUGAAGGUUGCACACUAUUUGGACAAGUUUCGGCGGGAACAGAAUCUGAACAGAGGCAUAAGUUUCCGCACAAUCGUCGCCUUCGGCCCCCACGCUGCCUGGCCCCACUACGUGCCAUCCAACGUGACCUCCCUGUCCGUCGACAGGUCGAGCAUCCUCCUCAUCGACUCUGGCGGCCACUACCUGGACGGAACGACGGACGUGUCACGGACUUUCCACCUCGGCAGCCCGUCAGACCGGGAAGUGGACAUCUACACGCGAGUGCUGAUGGGGUGUAUAGACCUGGCCAUGCUGCAGUUCCCACAUUAUCUCCCCAUCCGCAACAUCGACGUGUUGGCGCGUGCACACCUCUGGCAAGCGGGGGUGGACUACAGGCACAGCACUGGGCACGGCGUUGGAGUCUAUGGUUCAGUCCACGAGUCUCCCAUAAACAUCAAUUGGCAGAGCAAAGAUGCAAAGAUGUUCAGAGUGGGCUACUUUUUCACUGAAGAGCCAGGUUUCUACCAAGAAGGCCAGUUUGGAAUGAGAUUGGAAAACGUGUUGGAAGUGGUACAGAAUAAUUUUAACUCCACGCAUGGCCCUUUCCUAAGUUUUAGAAUUAUAACUUUGAUUCCUUUUGAACCGAAGCUGAUAGACAGGUCACGCCUUAGUCCUCAACAGAAGCGGUGGUUGAACGACUACUACAGCAGGAUAAGGUCCGAGGUUGGGCCAGAGUUACGGAGGUUGCCCAACAUGAAGGGCUACCACUGGAUGAUGGACCGGACCCAACCCUUCCUUGUCGACUGCGACAGUAGCGCAGCAGUGUCACUCAACCACGUCUUCCUUCUCGUCCUCCUCCUGUCUCUGGGUCUAGCGUAGACUGCGCUACUACCGCACCAUUCUAUUUGUUCUGUUAAUGUUUUAAUGUUGAGUAAUGUUUAGGUUACUUUAAUGAUCUCACUAAUGUUUAUAUUUUUUAGAAGCAUGUUUCGAUAUAAUAAUCACUUAGUAAAUAAACCUUAUGAGGUGUAAUUGACUUUGGGCUGACCAGAGGAUUGACUUGUCAAGUAUAUAAUAUACUAUUAAUAGAUAAAUACGACUGUACAAGGUGGUUCGUGAAAAAACUGGUGGUGGCUUCAUUGUGUUCGCGAAUAAUUCGGAAUAAAAAGUAUCAUAUUUGCAGGUUAAAAUGUUAUGAUUAGCGAAGGCAUAACAAAAUUUCUAGGAAUAAUACUUAAUAGGUUAUAGACACAUACACAAAUCGGCACACUUGUUUACAAGACGUUUUCUCUGUAAUCAUUUAUACAUCGCUGAUUCUCUAAUGCAAUAAACAAUAUUUAUUGUUAUCGGUUAAGUUAAAUUUAUUACUUUAAAUACUAAACUAUUUAUGAAAAGCACAGUUUCUCAUUUUAUGAAACUAUUAGUGGUUAAUUAGACAAAUUUCAAACACUUGACUAAUAAAUGGCAGACUUCUAUGUGAGAAGUUAUUAAUAUUAUAAAAGUAAAGUUUCACUAAAAGGGGUAGCUCUUGCCCCGAGUACCGCAUUAAAGUAAUGUUCGAACCAUAGUGAGGUUUGGAUUAUUUUGGCUUUAUUGCAGUUAUCUGCUUUUACCAGAAGGAACAGGGGAUUCGGUCUAGAUUCACUUUCUUGCUCAUCAACCUACCCUGUCACUUGACUCCUAGUCCUAGUACAGCGUAUCAGGCGUUAUUAUCUAUGGGGUCAAAGAAGUGUAGAAGCACCUCUCUUAGCAAAUUGUAGUUUUAAGUGAAAGCACGUGCAUUCCGCUGAUACGAUAAUAGUGGGCCAAUACGUUUGUGCGCAGUGCACUUCCUCUCCCACACUGACACUAAAAUAUUACCGCCACCAUAAUUUAACAUAUAGAAAUUAGUUGUGCUUACGUAUAUAAGCUAUAUUUUUAUAUUGGUAACAUUUGCAAUACCUACUAUUUGUAAUCAUAAAGAUUUGGGGAUAUACGUUAUGACGAAAAAAAAUAAAUAAAAAAAGAAAACGUAUAUGUACGUAUAUGUAAACAGAUCGCAUCUGAAAACUACUCUUGUUUCUUUAUGAACCACCUUUUAAACGUAUAAAAUAAUAUCCAUACUGAACCAAUAAAAAAUUAAAUAGAUUUUUUUUCUUCUUAAACAAUAAUUAUGGUGUCAAAUUCACAGCUUCUAAAACAAACUAAAUAACUUAUAACUUUUAAAUAUCUUAUUAUAACACAAACAAUAAUAUACACUUAAAUAGUGUCUUUUUUUAAUAAGACAUUUUAACUAAUAUUAAUUCGUUAAUGUUGUUAUUAACACUCAAAGAAAAGUAAUUAAUAUUUGUAAACAAUAACAUUCAGUAUGAUAUCAAAGUUAAAUAUUAUUUUUCAAUUGUUUUAAUAAUAUGAAUAUUACAAUUAUAUUAAUAUUAUGGCAAUAUUAAGAUAAUCAAGUCACAAUACAAAAUGAAAGGACUACGAACGUGCCAAUACAAAACAAUGAAUUUACAUGGAAUACAUUUCCAUUUUCUUAUUUAUUUGUACUUUUCUACGUAUCAGUAAAAAAAUAAUUAAGGCGAUAGAAGUAAAUCCGCCAUCUUUAGUUUUCAAUCCCAAAUACUUAUUACUCCGGUCAUGUAAAGUUCUUCGCAAAAUAAAAAUCAUCAUCCAGUAAUCCAUUGUCAAUUUUAAGUAACAUUUGAAAACAAACAAAAAAUGUUUACAAUACUACCUCUGAUGAUUCAGCUUCAUUUUCCGAUUUCUUAAAAUUUCAUAUUUUAACUAAACAUAUGCCUUUUUUAGUUUAUAAGAAAAACUAUAAUACGUAGUGUCAUUGUAGAAUUUAUGAGCUGUUUAGUAAAUUCUGAAUCAUGGACAGAGAGUUCACGCUUAAAAAACAUUUAAGUUCUUUUUGGUAUUGAGAUAUUUGGUACUUACACAGGGGAUCACUGAUACAAUUUACUUACGCUUUUUCUCUAAAAUGACUUUGUUUGCUACAAUAUGUUCCUUCAGACUGUUUAACUUUUUAUAUUAAUAGGAAAUAAUAAAAUAAACAUGUAUCAGUAAAAGAAGGAUUUGAAAACUUGGGAAGAGUAAUGAAAUCUUACUUAAUGUUUUGUAUUUGGUUUGUGGUCCUUUCUCAAUUAAAAUACUGCUAAUAAAAUUAAUAAUUCAUAUAACAUUGUUCUUAUAAAACUGCACUGAAAUUCACUAUCUAUAUAUUAAAAAUAGUAAUUAAAUUUCAAAAGUCUUGUGACAUAGAACUAUACAUGAUCUUUAACGUAAUUUUUGAAGGCUCCAAAAAUGUUAUGGGACCAAACAUAUAAAGUGCCUUUAAAAGAAUAUGUGCCUUCAAAGCAAAAUUCUAACUGGAAAUUAAAGUAAUUUUCAAGACAACGUGUUACAAGGCUGGACUAAAACUUACGUAAAUAUAAGUAAGUAUAAACUUACGUACCUAACGUAAAUAUAGAUUCAUUUUUAAAAUUAAUUUAUACUCUACUCACCGAAAAUAAAUCUAAAAACUAAACUGAAUGAGAAAAUUGUUCAAAUUCAUUGAGUCGUCUUCAAUGUCUUAUUCUGGUCAAAUAAAAUGAUAACCAAAGUUGAAUCAUACAUUUAAAAUUUUAAGUUUAACAUAAAUGUUUAUUUUAUACCCUAACAAAAAGUAUCAAUCCACUAACCAAAUAUGAUUCAAAAUCCCUUAAGUUUAUUGGUAGAUUAUUAAUAAUAUUUGACAUUUUAUGUAAUGACUGAUUUUUAUCUCAAAAUAUACUUUUUGAGAUGGUUUAAUUCCAAAAUAUAUUAUAUAGAAAAGUUUCACACUUAAUUAUUGAUUAAAAUUGUUUUUCCCAUUGUUUAUAAUAUGAGCUGUAAUAUAAAUUUUGUAAUCCCAAGAAAUGUUUGGUUUAAAAAUACACUUACCGUUAUUAUAUAUAAAGUUCAUACCAAAGUUAAAGUAAUGUGACUUUUCCGCAGAAUCGUCUAAACAUUACUGACUGUGAAUUAGAAAAAUGCAUUGACUUUUAAGUUGUAAUUUUACGUAAAAAUUAAGAUUUACGAAAGAAUUUAUUUAUUCUGUUUUUAAUGAACAAUCACAGACAUUUGCAUAUUUUAAACGCUUUGAAACAAGCUUUAUUUUAAUUAAACAUAUAUGUUCAACUUAUACGUUUUACUUGUUUUAGUAUCAAACUAUAAACUGCACUAUUGCACAACCUGGUGUUGUUUAUCCUAUUAUUAUUUUUACCAAUUGUUGCUAAAAUUGGUUUCGUUUAGAACAAAAAGAAGAAAGUAGCGAAACAUCCAUAUCAGUAUAACUGGUCUAUAAUCAAAUUCAAAUAUUUGGAAUUAAAUAUUGGUAAUUCUUCUAUCCAAUUACAAUUAAAUGUUCAUUUUUAUGAGAUAAUUAUAGAUUCAGUAUUAAGGAAACGGGCACCAAUCUACAUCCAGAAGUCUGGAUCAAAUUAAAUUCAAUCAAAUAUCAAAUGUUCCACGAGAUUCAGAUUAAUUUAAAAUUUAUUCUUUUCUAAGAAGAUUCUUUUCCCCAUAAGAUUUUUCAAUCCAAGUUAUCUACUUUAUAGCCUUAGCUCCCCUGCAAUAAUGAAUUAUAAUUUUCCUUCCCCACAGACCUUUCCAAUUUUUUAUUUUUAUUUUUUUAAGUUAAGUACUACAUAAUAUAAGCAACUAUAAAAAGUCUCGGUUUAAAUAGUGUUUCUUCUCUCAGUAAUUGUCUUUGCAUUGUAAUACUACGCCCUCAGAAUUAUAAUUGUUAUCCAAGCAGAUAUGAGGCUAAUAGUUUUGAUACUUCCUACAAGUUUAAUAAACCGAUCGUGUUUACACAGAAUGUCUUAGAAGUCAAUGUGAUUUUAAUAAGAUACCGUAGAUUAUACUAUGUUUUCUUGUUAAUUAUCAAAAUGUGUAUUAGUGUUAUUUAGUGGCUAAGAAAAUUUUCGUUUAAAAAUAAUUACGAGAGCAGUGCGCACCAAAAUAGUCCGAUGACAUUUGAGGCGAUGUUGUCAACCAACUCUGCUGACCGCCAACUGCACCCUGAUGUUGAAAUGGAUCAGUGAUAUUUCAUACGUGUAAAACUGGCAUCAGUGUUGGAAAUGGAUGCAGAGGGGGCAUUAGCACGUAAAAGCCAAAACGGUCUACUUUGGUGCGGGCUGCUACAUUCCUUACAAUGAAAGAUAUUUCUGUAUCUUGAUGUAUCUUCAUAAUUGUCAUGCUAUCAUUUUGACAAUUUUAUCAUUUAUAAAAGGAUGAAAUGUAAAAAACUGCAAUACUAUUUAUGUUAUUUUCAAAAUAUAUGUAUUUAUUUCUGUAUUACUUUUAAAACAACUAUAUAAUACAAUAUUAUUUCCUUUUGGAAAAGAAACUGACUAUAUGUAUUGCAUUGCUGUUUCAUAAUCUACGUUAAAGAACAUUUUAUGUAACUGGGCCUAAAUACAAUCAGGAUCAGUUUUAAAGUAAAUGGUCAUUGUUAAUGUAACUGUUAUUUUCAAUAACUAGUAAACCAUAGUGUGAAAUGAAGAGAAAACUAUUUUGUUCUCAUUAUAAAGAUUAGUGAAACUGUUGGCAAACAACAAUUAAUGUUUUCUCAAGUAUGAAAAUCAAAACAUCCCAGAAUACUAUAAGAAAGAAACAUAAUUAUAGAGUUGCUUGUAUAGUAUGUAGAAAUGUCCAUGAACGUGUUAGAGAUAUCGCGUACUAGAUUCAUGUUAAAGCUCCAGAAAUUUUUACUGUUUUUGCUAUGUUUCUUGUUUCCUAGAAUAGAAAGUCUUUGGAAUGUGACGGUAUGUAGUUGUGAUUUGUAACGGUUUGUUAGCUUACACUUGGUAGAAUCAAGCACUCCUAUUUCUAGAAGGGACAACUGAAUAUGUGAAGUUACAUCCAAGUAUUAGAGUAUUUAUAAAGCACUAUUUUAUAUUUCCUCGUGUAUACUUAUGGUUAUUAACUAUUUAUAAACCAUAAUCAAGAAACGUUUUGUAAACACAUAACUGAAAAGUGAAUUUUAAAUGUAACUUUCGUAUUAAAGGCGAUGACUGUAUUAUUUAUUACUAACGAGGAAAUCUUGCCACAAAUUUCCGUCAAUUGAGCUACUAAUCCACUAAACCUAUGAUUAUGCACACCGAGUGGUCUGAGGUGUGUUCUUCCACCAUAAAGUUAUUUAAUUAGUUUAAAGCAGUAGGUCAUAAUCAUGUAAUCCAGCGGGCAUAAUUCAUGCUCUUAUCGAUUCUCUCCUUUCAUUAGCUUAUAAAGUAAUUAAGUACCUGUACUUUAAUUAGAAUUAAUAUUUCAACAACCCUAACUUUAAAAGUCACUGCAUACUGGAAUACGAGAUUUAUUCAUAAGGAAACACGCCAGCUAGCUAACUGAAAGACGGCACUGAGAAUGCCGGCUACACCGACAUUCGGCGUAAUUUAGUGUUUCUGCCGUUAAACUUCUGCUGCGUCUGGUUUUUAAACGUAAACAAUAAGAACUUCAAUUAGUUUUACUACAUUUAUAUUUGGGAGUUAUUACUCGUUUGGCGAUUUCAUAAAACUCUUACCAUCAUUCUGAUUUCCAGCUAUAUACUUAGAUGGACAUAACACACAUAAAUGACCUAGGCCAAAUAAUAAAUCCCUUAAGUGUCCACCUUUUUAGGUCCUCAAAACUUGGCCUUUCUACCAAUAAUGUUAAAAGGUCUUUGUGAUUGCUCGCUAUAAUCGGUCAAUUUACGCUAAAUUUCUAAUUUAUUAAUGGAAACCGCAAACUGGCAUGAAAUUCUAACUAUAUAGACGUUAAAAAUAAUCAACCGCUAAUGUUGAUUUUCAAAUCUUAAUUGUAACGUGUAAGGAAGAAAUCAUUUAUGAAGUUUUACAAUAAUCUAUCAAGUUUUCAAAAUUAAAUAAUCAUGAAUGCAGAAUGUCUUUAAGAAAUCGUCACCCAUACAGUUUUGUUACAAAUUUAAUAAAGAGCACGGUGUCGAUGUUUUUUAUAGUCGGACAGUUUUUACAAAAGUUGUGGCUUGAAAACAACCUGAAACAAGAAAACUUACACCAGUGUCUUUUGGCCCGUUUUCCUGAAAUGAAAUGUCUGAUACAGUUAGAACUGAAAGUACUAAGUGCAUGUCGCUCUAAGAGUGUUUACCACAUUUCGGUUUAUUUGUACAAAAAUAUUUGUGAAAGAAUUAAGCAUAGCUCAUUGAACGUAACUAAAUGAAAGGAUCCAAAUGUUUACAAACAACACUGAAAAAUACAAUUAACAUUGAUAAAUCUGUUAAGUGUGUGUUUAUGUAUCCUGCAAAUGUUCUGUGUUAAGUGAUGGCUGUAUUGUAGUUGUCUAUAUUUGUGUAUUUUGUUUAUACUAAGAAAGCAUAGGGACGAAAAAUAAUCUGACUUAAAGCUUCUAGCUUGAAAAUGAUUAUCAAGAAAUAUAAUUUCGUCUGCUUGGAUUGCAUUAUUUAAGACCAAAGAGGUUUAUACUUAUUUGCAAUAUAAAAUAAUUAAAAUUCAAGUAUAGAUGAAUAACAUAUAUAUCUUCGACGCCAUUUAAAACUUAAAAGUAUGCAAAAUAGUUUAUAAACUUGUUACUUGCACAAUAUUUUAUUUUAUUUAAUGAUAAAUGUUAGAUAGGUUAGUUAAGUGUCUUAUUCCAAUUAAUCAAAAUGUGAUAGUGUUGUAGAAUAAAUGCCUUAAUGCCUUUUUUGUACAUAUGUAAGUAAAUAUAACUUUAUCAGCUGUAAUACUUACUAGAGCAAAGAAACAACAUUUUGAAAACGUUUACGCUAUAACUUAGUUAAUGUUUGUCCUUCUACACAACUGUCGAGUUAGUGAUGCUUGAAACAUGUGAAGUACUUACUUCCUAUUGAGUUUAAAUUACUCUAUGUUAAUUGAGCUUUGGAGAUUUAAAGUCUUGGUUGUUAGUGGUUAACCAAUUGUUUUAUCAAAGUGUUUUUUCUUUGUGAUCUUUAAGCAUUCAACGUCAAUUGCUGUCUGUUUGAAAAAUUGAUAUAAGUUCUAGUGGUAAUUCAUGAGUAUCUACACACGUUUACUGGACUGAUUAGAUUAUUAGAGUUUCAAGUUGAAUUUUGGGAACCUCCGUCAAUACUAUAUAAAUUGAGAGAACCAUACAUCAAAAGUUUUGACACAAUGUUUUAUGUUUAUUCUAUAAAUUCAUCGUAAUUUUAUAGAUUUAUAAUAUAUAGUCAGAUUUCUAUAGCGUGAAUUCAUUUUUCUCAAUCUAUUUUUUAAGUAUGCUUCGAGACCCUCUAACUAUAUCUUGUUGGGGAAAGGGGGAGGGGUGCUGUAAUCCGUUUUGGUUACAUUAGUACUUGUUGAACCAUUAUCAGCCCUUGGUGGGAACUGAGCACAAGAGUGCAGAAGAUAUGUUAACGUAGAAGAAUUUUUAAAUUUUAAAUUUGUAUAAGGCUGUGUCCCAUAGGACGACGUUUUUCAUUUAAAAUAAAAAAAUAGAUUUAAGGUGCAACUUUUAGAAGUGAAAGUGUAAAAUUCGUUUUCAAUUAUAUGUAAUUUUUAAUUUAAUGGCUAUUUUACAGUUCUCUGAAAAUGUUUCCCAUUUUCAUUUCAUUAUUUUAAUCGUCAUCUAAUUAACUAUGUAAACGUGUGUACCAAUUCUUUAUGUACCUCCAUAUCCCAUAUCUUUUCUAAUUUUGAACCAGAUUUUGAGGACUACAAGAUCACAUUAAAAAGAGUUUCAUAACGAAACAAGACAUUUUCUCAUCAUACAUUCUUUGCUUUCAUCUUUCUGGUUAACUAUAAAGUCCGUUAUUCGAAGUUUAUAUAAACGACACAAUUAAUUUACUAUUGAUUUCUAAUUGUGAAUUAGAAAUGUAGUAAUUAAGAUAAAAAAUAACUCGUGUUUGUGACAUAAUCGUACAAAUUCUACUUACUUAUAAAUAGUUAAGUUAGCUACCCAAACACAAUACUUUGCUCUCUUUUGUUUCCAUUUUCCCCUCCCCACAUACGGUGACCACUUUUUUAUGUCAACUUAAAAGUUUGAUGACGUUAUUUUUAUUCGAUUAUUCUUGAUUUCGUCACUGUGUGAAAUACAUUCAAUCAUGUUUUUUUCAUACAUACAGUCACAUUUUUGGACUGCAACAGCAGUUUAUGACAUGUACGAUAAAAUAACCACUUCUUCGAGCCACAUGUAAAUGUGUGAUACUAUACUUCUCUUGUGUUAUUGAACAUUAGAAAAGUUAUACUUGUUUUUGGCAGCGCAUUGAAACAAAUAAACCUUAAAAUAAUUUAUUACAGCAGAGAAGUACGCCACACCACGUAUCACGUAACAGGCUUCACUGAAGUUGCAUGCAAAAUUACAACCAUAGCUCAACCUAUUAGAUGUCCUGUGGACAUAUAGCAACAGACAAAAUUCCACACUUAGACAGGCACUAUUUUAGAACUCAUCGAUGUCUAUGUAGAAAUGAAGCUGGAUACAAAAUUAACAGUUUACAGGUGAAAUCUUUCUCUAGGUGUCUUGCCACAUGAUACGUUUGCAACUUCGUUCAUUGAGUUAAGUUUCAUACCAGUGUUGAAAUAAUAAAAUAUUUGGUGCGCUGAAAUCAAGUCUUGUUACUAAUUGAUUUAUAAAUCUUGUCAACAUUGACUUUCCACUCAAUUAUUUUCUUAAGUUGAUGAAUAAAACAUUUCUCAUGUUGAACUUCAUAUUAUUGUACUUAGUUUGUUUAAAAAUUGAUCUAUACUGCUAUUUUUUUAUUGCCAUCAUGUUCGUUCACAAGACCAAUAUACAAAUAUUCGUUAGCGCUCGGCCAAAGCCCAAAGAAUGACAUGUACCGUCAUCGCACUCAGUUCAAAUUAAAAUGAAGCUUCGAGCAAAUGUCCAAGUCUGUAGGUCAAUUCGUUUUCGGACAGACCGACGAAUAGAAAUGAAAUUGUUCCUGCCUUUUGAGUGAUAGGCUUCGCUAACGCUCAGCCAAUUAAUAGUUGUCUAUUGAUAGCCACUAAUUAAUUGAGUGAGCGUUAGCCAUAGCUUAUCACUCGAGAAGCUGGUAAAAUCAGUACUGUGAAGAGAUUUUCCAUAAAGCGGUAGAAACAGCAGAUAAAGCCAGUAAAGCUACUUCAGCAAGAAGAACCGUUUUUAUUUAUACAAUGUUACUAUUUUUAAAUUAUACAUGUUCACAUCUAUUUUAUAUAGUCACAUGCCUGGAAUGCACAUUGUGUACUACUGGUCUUCAAGUAACUUUUUGUAAAUUAUUCUUGUUUUGUACUCUUUUUCAGAUUUUACAAAAGUUGUAUUUUGCGUUAUUUUGAUGUAACGACUGAAGAUGUUUGCCAUUUUAUUUUUCAACUAAAGGCUUUGUCAUAUUUUUAUAUCGCAAAUGGAACUAACUACUCUGUUGACACAAUACAUGUUUAUCGAUCGGUCUGUUCUAAUUACAUUAAGGACCCAACAAUCCAAUUAUCCGAGUUCACUUAUUAUAUUUCAGCAGUCAAAGAGUUUAUGGCUCUAUAACCAUACAUUUUUGCAUAUCUAAUCUUCACUUUAGAAUGUAUAAAAAUCAAUAAAUAUUUUUUUUAAUCCAUUAUGCUUUACGGUUUCCAUAGUUAUAGUAUACGGGAAAGCAAAAGUAACAAAUUAAUCGAAUUUUUAUGACGUCAUCAACUACCCCUGGCUGAUGUGAAAAUUGUUCACCGAGACGCAUCACAGAUUUAAUUAUGGAGAGUUUUAUCUUUAACUGCGUAUCUGUCGAUAACAUAUUUAUAUAAUUAAUAAUUUUUCUAUUUUUAUUUUAAACGAUAGUUCAUUCCAUGCAUAUCACCCUAUUUAGACUACGUCAUAGUAAUGUGAUAUUAAUUAUAAAACCUGGUUUUAUAUCAUUCUUUGUUUAAAACAUAUUUCUAGAAAUUUCAUAAAAACAAACUUGUUAUUCUUGUGAAAUUAGAAGAUUUUUGGCAAACUUCAUUGUUAAAAUCAAAUUUCAGUUAACUUUGUAAGUGAUUGGGAUUUGAGUACAAUAUUGAUGAGUUAUGUAUAACACAGUGCCUUGAUGGAUUACGUGUUUGUUGUAUUAUUGUAUACAUAACUUUUCGUACCACGCCACACAUGUAUGUCCAGAACAUUUUAAUUAAAUAAAGGUACUGAUGAUUGGA